AUGCGUGCUCAUGAUGUCGGUAUCUACUGCAUGACACAGCGUGCCCGCGGGCGAGCAUGGGGCCCAGCGGAUACACCAAUCCGGCUGUCUCAGAGGCCUGGGCCCGUGGGGGCAGCCGCGGGCUGGCGGGACCGGGCCUGGGCACAGAGCGGGUGUUCAGCCCGUACGUGCAUGCAACCGGGCAAACGACUUUCAUCCGUUUUUGCCUUGGGCCAUCCCAAAACCGCCAGUUUCCCGCAUCCCGGGGUUCAAAGCCGCGCCGGCGCCCACCCCCAUCAGGGCGGGGCGGCGAGUCCCGGGAAGCCUCCCUCGUGCCGUCAAUCACCCACAGGAGAUGGUUCAACGCCGACUCCAGGGCGAACCACCGCCCUCCCCUCCAACGACCCCGCCGCGCCCCGCCCAGGCACGGGGCUCGCAGCCGCGGGUCCCCCCACCCAGCACGCGCGGCUUCGCCGGCCUUGGGCCCAGUGUUCUGCCCUGCGGCGGUCCGGGCCCGUGGGGCUGAGGGUCAGAGAGCCGGUGGGCGGGGCGCGGGUCUCCCGGGGCUCGGCGAGCCGCGCGGUGGGAUGUGUGCGGGUCCAGCCGGCGGUGCCGGGCGCUGGGCGCGGCGGCCCUGAUGCUGGGCCUGCCCCGCGGAGGGCGGCCUGCGAGGCUGUGGCGCGCCCUCGCAGGGCCGGGCGGGCGGCGGAGCGCGGUGGGCGGCCCCCGCGACCCUCGGCUCGGCCGUGCGAGGCGGUGGGGGAACGGAGCCGCCCGGACGGACGGCGCCCGCGGUGGCGUUGGGAGGCGGGAAGGAGGCGGCGCGCAGGCGAGCCCGGGUGGACUCGUCCUGGAAGAGAAGAUGGAAGUGGAGAGGCGGCCGGCGCCUGGCCCUGUGGACGCUGUGCGCCGUGCAGCUGCCCGUGGCCGUCGCCUUGCGAAUCCGCCAGCUGCGCCCAGGGACGUCUCCCGCACGCCGGGCGCGACACCGACUUGUUCGGCCUGCGCACCUGCUGCGAGUGCGCGCGGCACACCCUGCGGGGCGCCUUCUGCGACCGCUGCGGGCUGCGCGCGGACCAGGCGAGCCUCAGGGAGGCCGACGGGCGUGCAGGGAGGCGCUGCUCCCCCGGCGGCCGCGCGGCCGCAGCCCGGGCUCUGCGAUCGCAGGUGCACUUGGUGUCAGAAAACAGUCCGCACUGAACGCAUGAAAACCAGCGUAAGGAACGGAACCGGCGUCGUGGAGAGCUUGGAAACCCCAUCACCCCACCACGUUACUUAGCCUGCACUGCUCAGAUGUGCGAAGACGAAAGAUUAUGAGGCGGUAACGGGGGUUUAGAAUCGAUUUUUAAAAAUUGUUUUAACUUGGCCGGCGCCACGGCUCACUAGGCUAAUCCUCCGCCUAGCGGCGCCGGCACACCGGGUUCUAGUCCCGGUUGGGGCGCCGGAUUCUGUCCCGGUUGCCCCUCUUCCAGGCCAGCUCUCUGCUGUGGCCCGGGAGUGCAGUGGAGGAUGGCCCAGGUGCUUGGGCCCUGCACCCCAUGGGAGACCAGGAAAAGCACCUGGCUCCUGGCUCCUGCCAUUGGAUCAGCGCGGUGCGCCGGCCGCAGUGCGCCAGCCGCGGCAGCCAUUGGAGGGUGAACCAACAGCAAAGGAAGACCUUUCUCUCGGUCUCUCUCUCUCACUGUCCACUCUGCCUGUCAAAAAAAAAAAAAAAAAUUGUUUUAACUCUAUUAAGGCUGUAUAAGAAUUAGGCCCAGAGAUAAAAUAAAAUUAAAUGAAGAUUUUGAGGUGGGGUGUGGGGGAGAUAACAUGCCAUAAAUUGUGCAGAGCCGGAAACCCCUGCUGGUUCCCAGUGACUGGGCCCCGACUUGGGCUCCCGAGAGCUUUCCUGUCUGUAGGGAAACGGCAGGUGUGGCACUGGCGGUCCUGACGAACCGUGUCUGGGUCCCACAGAGCUUUCUAAAAACAGGUUCAUGAGCCCACCUCCAUAGCCACGGUUAGGUUCCAGGAAUCUGUAUUAUUUUUAAGGUCUUCAGCUGAUUCUGCUGAACAGCCAGUUUUGGGGUUUAUAAUUAUCAGUAUAAAAAAUUGGAUUUCCUUCUUGUUCUAAAACACGUUUUCCAUUUGCGACUUUACAUAGGGUCCCUUUAAAUAUGUUUACAUUGAACAUUAGAUGCUGCCAAAAAUAAUGUUGGACAUCAAAGUGCAUUGUGUAUGUAUGUUAUCAAAAAUUGGCAUAACUAUAGUGCACUGUCUUUAUGUAGCUCUCAAGGAAUGACUAUGAAAGAGUACAGAUUUAAAUCAAGAUAUUUUAACU